AUGCCUACCCGGGUCCCCAAACCAGAAGACUUUGACGAUCUAUCGUCCAGUCUGAAAUUUGCCCUGACAUACCCCGAGGUCCCGGAAACAACUACGGCCAUAUUAAUCAUCUUCCACGGUCUGGGUGACUCCGAGGCAGCCUUUACAACUUUUGCCAAGAGCAUUAACCUGCCGGGUGUCCUGGCCAUCUCAGUCCGAGGCGUCUCACCCCUCCCGCCCGCACUCCUGGGCCUUCCGGACUCGGCGGCGCCAGUCAACCAUUUCCAUUGGGGCGAUGAUCUGACCUUGUCGCCGAGCACGGGAGAUCUGGAUCCCGAUCCUGGCUACACCAAGGCCGUAGACCUCGUCCUCGGGAAGCUCAUUCGGGAGACGCUGAUUAGCAAGUGCGGCUGGGACACGCGCGACAUGCUCCUCUUUGGCUUUGGCCAGGGCGGCUCGCUGGCCCUUGGUCUAGCGUCGAAGCUCCGCGGGCCUUUGUCCGAGAGGAUCACAAAUGUCACGAACGCAGAACCGGCAGCCGCCGCCGCUGCAGCUGAAGGCGAAAACACGGCGUUCAAGGGCGUGGUCUCGAUAGGUGGGCCACUACCCGCGAGCACCAUCCCGACGCUCAGCGCCCGCGAAAAGGCGCGUAGUCCGGCGCUGGUGUGUCAUGGCCGUGCCAGUGAGGCCCUGGAUGACGACGCCUUAGAGGUGCUGCGCAAGGAGUUUGUCGAUGUGCGCGACGUCAAGUGGCAAAAGCCUGAUGACGGGAUGCCUGGAAGUAGGGAAGAGAUGCUUCCCAUUAUGAAAUUCUUUGCCGAGAGGCUAGCAAACGAGUUUUAG